AUGUCAUCAUCAUCCCUAUCUGAUCCUAAUGAUCUCACAGACUUUGUUGUAAAACAAGGCAAUGGGGUCAAGGGCCUUUCAGAAAUAGACCUCAAAACCGUUCCGAGGCAAUACGUCCAACCCCCAGAAGAAAGACUGGACAAGAAUCAAGUAGUGGAUGAUGAGUCAAUACCAGUGAUUGAUGUAUCCAAUUGGGAUGACCCGAAAGUUGCAGCCUCCAUCUGUGAGGCUGCAUCCAAGUGGGGUUUCUUCCAAAUCGUCAAUCAUGGGAUUCCACUUGAGGUUCUUGACAAUGUCAAGGAGGCUGCUCACAAGUUCUUUCAGUUGCCAACUGAGGAUAGGAGGAAGUAUCUCAAGGAAAAUUCUCCUACUCCCACAGUGCAGUUGAGCACUAGCCACAGUCCUUCAGUAGAAAUGGUUCUGGAGUGGAAAGAUGUUCUGAUACAUUUUUAUGUGCCAGGAGAUGAGAGUACAAAUUUAUGGCCUCCAGUUUCCAAAGAUCAAGUUUUGGAACGCAUAAAGUGGGCUAAACCCGUAAUCAGAAAGCUAAUGGAAGUGCUGCUGAAGGGACUGAAUGUGGAGGAGUUUGAUGAAGAAAAAGAAUCUCUCCUGACGGGAGCCUGUACACUCAGCCUCAAUCACUACUCUAUCUGUCCGAACCCAGAAUUGAGUUAUGGAGUUGGCCCUCAUUCUGAUAUUUUGAGCAUCACUAUCCUUCUUCAAGAUGAUGUGGGCGGUCUCUACGUUCGAGCAACAAGAGCUGGUCAAUGGAUCCAUGUUACACCAAUCCAAGGGGCACUCGUAGUUAACAUAGGCGACACGUUGCAAAUUGCGAGCAACGAUCGAUAUAAGCGCAUCGUGCAUUGUGUGAUUCCUAAUGCAGCAAAAAACAGGGUUUCUGUGCCUAUCUUUGCUUCUCCUAAAGCUGGAGGAGUUGUUGGUCCUUUGCCAGAAGUCCUGAAGAAUGGAGAGAAGCCGAUUUACAAAGACGUUCCCUGGUCAGAUUACAUGAAACACUUCUAUAGCAAAGGACAUGAUGGAAAGAAGACAAUAGAAUUUGCUAAAAUAUGAAGUUCAUCCCAUAAUUUAUAAAAUAAAAUAAAAUAAAAUCUCUCUGUAAGCAUGAGUGAGUAAGUGUG